GGUGCUGAAGCUGAGCGCUUCACUUUCUCAGAAACGCGCAUCUGCUGAAGUCCUGAUCUGAUCCGGACCGGUUCGUCAGGCUCUGAACUCGCGUCUGGUCCAAAGAAAAGAGAAACUGGUUGAACCGGCGGAUCUGACGGAGCAGGAAGCGGGAUGGAGCAGAAGGCAGCGUUCAGCCCGGGGGACCGGAAGGAUUCCCCCGCGGACAGCGCCGUCCUCAACGGACACUUUGACGGGAUGGGGAAGCGGCCGGCGGCGGAGCACGGGUCCCAGCCCGAGUCCCAGCCCGGAUCCCAACGGGCCACCGGGUCCCAGCGGGCCACCGGCUCGGUGAUGGAGAGCUGGAAGGAGGAGCGGACCCGCAGCCUGGAGGACAACGAGAUGAGCCUGCCGUCGCUGGCCGCCGCCUACACCACCAUCCUGCGGGGGCUGGGAGAGGACCCGCAGCGCCAGGGGCUCCUGAAGACCCCCUGGAGGGCCGCCACCGCCAUGCAGUUCUUCACCAAGGGAUACCAGGAGAAAAUUAUCGAUGUGCUGAACGACGCGAUCUUUGACGAAGACCACGACGAGAUGGUGAUCGUCAAAGACAUCGACAUGUUCUCCAUGUGCGAGCAUCACCUGGUGCCCAUCUUUGGCCGGGUUCACAUCGGUUACCUCCCCAACAAACGGGUUCUGGGUCUGAGCAAGCUGGCCAGGAUUGUUGAAAUCUACAGCCGUCGACUACAAGUCCAGGAGAGGUUGACCAAACAGAUUGCCGUUGCCAUCACCGAGGCCCUGCAACCCACCGGGGUCGGAGUCGUUGUCGAGGCAACCCACAUGUGCAUGGUGAUGCGAGGCGUCCAGAAGAUGAACAGUAAAACCGUCACCAGCACCAUGCUGGGAGUCUUUAGAGAAGACCCGAAAACCCGCGACGAGUUCCUGACCCUCAUCCGGAGCUGAAGGAGCUCCUCUUCCUCCUGUUGCCUGGGGUUGCCUCCACCUGCUCAGCCUGCCUGCCGCUGUGUGUCUGUGUGUGUGUGUGUGUGUGUUAUUGUUCACUCUGUUGACCCGAUGACCCGGAGCGUUGCCUCAAGGUUGACUGACCCGAUUAUUCUGACAGAUUUGACCCUGCGGGUUUUUUUUAGGAUGUUCUCUGAGACACCUGAGCUUCUCCUAAAAACUCAGAACAAUUUUCUUGUAGCAUAAAUACAUAUAUUUUUGCAUAAUUUCAUCAAUCUAUUGCUACAAUGUAGCUUAUUUGUAGCUUUAAAACCCAUUCAUAGUUUGUAGCAUGCUACACGCUAAUUAUGCUAACUACACUACGUGCUAAUUUAGUUAAAUAUUGACUGUUCUGCUGGCUAAUUAUGCUAAUUUUAAUUAGCUUAAUGCUGUCCUACAUGACAGUUGAGGUACAUGCUAGCUAUGCUAAUAUGAGCAAUGCUGCAAGAAAAGUUUGCUGAAAUUUUUACCAUGGGGCCAAUUCUUUGAAAUUAUUAUUUCAAUUCCUAAAUGUAUUUUAUUUAAAAAUAAUAAGUUGUGUCCUUGGACUAGACCUUUCUCCCUGGUGGUCAUGGGAUGCUUCUGCCCCCUCUGCCAGGGCUAAAGCGUAGCUUACCACCAUCUGUGUAUGAAUGUGUCUGAGUGUAAAUGACUGAAUGUAGUGUUGAGCGCUUUCUAGUCCUCUGGACUAGAUCAACGUUGCACAAGUACAGGCCACUCACCAUUUGUCUGGAAUUUUGCACGUGUAUUUUCAUCAACAAGAAAAGGAUAUCACUUUGUUUUUAUUUUUAGCCAAAUUUUAAUAAAUGGCUGUGGCCAAUCUGGAUUUCAAUGAACAUAAUAGGAUGUCUUGGUCCUGUUCACUUUCAAAUUGAAUGGAAAAAAAAAAUGAUAAAUACCUUGUGUUGUACCUUACAUUCUCCAUUUUGCAAUUUUAUCAGUAUAUUUUUAAAAGCCUCCCUUUGUUAAGAUUUGACCCCAAACAUUUUACAUGUUAAUCUGCGUCGACUGGCUGAGUUAGCAAACCAAACUUAAACAAUUCAUGAAUUGUGGUCGAGGGCCACACAAAAUAAUCCCCAGGGCAGACAAUGGCCCGCGAGCCACACAUUGGACAUCCCUAACUGAGGUAGAUAAAAGAAAUUCUGUCCUCUGUGAAAGAUUAAGUUAUGAUGACUUCCUAAAGGUGAUCAGUCUAUUUUGAACUCUACUGUCUACCUUUGAAACGGUUCAAUGUCAGCUGGUCACCUGCCAACUGUGCUACAAGCUAGUUUCUAUAUCAGCGUCAGAAAGUCUUUUCAUUAAUCUUUAAAAUCCUGCAGAUGAUGUUGGAAGACAAGCUGCCUGACCUCUGACCUGUCUGAGCUUUUAUAUUCCCUGAGGAUUUUAAUAAAGGUUAAAAGUCGCAGCAAUUAUCUCCAGGUGUUAGCAUUAGCAUGUUCCCAAAAAAUACCUGAAUCCUUGUUGAAACCAACAUUUUCCCUUGAAACAUAUUUUUUCAUUCCUUUGUGAGGAACUGCCUUUAAAGCCAACCAGCCUCAGAACAGAUAUUUUAUGUCCAUAAGAGUUUUAUUCAAUGUAUUUGUAUGCAUGUGUGUUUUCCUCUCCGUUUCCAUCCUGGUAGAUGAACACUGUGAAGAGAUGUUUGUUGUUUUGUGUCUUUGCACACCAGUGCAUCAUGAUGUCCGCUGUCUGGUUUUAAUGGUGUAACUGGAAGAUGAAUGCUAAGAAAAAAAAAGCUUUAACUGUUUCUGUGGCCUUGUUUAAUUGUUGUGCUCAUUUUAAAGACUUUUUAAUCAAAGAUAAUAAAAGUAUGUGACGGCA